AGCUAGGUUGUGGGUGGGCGGAAGUUAGGAUGUUUGGGGGGCUGUGAAUAAACGGGGAGGGAAGAGUUGUCACUGGGCGCCGGGAUAGGCUGCGCAGCUUCGGACUAAGUUACUAGCACAUUCCGGACCGGGGCAAGUACCAACCCAGCUACUGAGGGAAGCGAAGAACAGGUACCUGUCUGUCUGGGUUUGUUUCAAACCUGCCGCCAUCAAGCUGCGCCCAGGUGCUGUCUCAGGGCAACAUCAUCUCUAACGGGAGCGGCUUUAUAAGCGGGACAGGGGCAGUCAAUGGAUUCUCUAGUGUCCCUGAAUUUUGAAGUGAUCUUUUCACCCUAUUGUUAGGGUUCCUGAAUGGAUAUUUCCUACGGUGGAAGCAGCAGGCGGUUGAGAAGCGGCAGUCGCAAUUUAGUGUCUGUCACAGUCACAUCCCAAAGCCAAAGAUGGCCCUCAAAUGCUGACACUGAAGAAAACUCACUUGUGAGAAACUUGGACACUGACUUAUAUGAGGCUAUGACUCCUCUCAGUUCAUCACCCAAGAGUGCGAGUGAAGACUCGCUGUCUAAUCCAGCCCUGGAGGAGUUUGGACAUAAUGGGACUGUCGUGUCACAAGUGGUGACUGCCAAACGGCACAAAAGAUGGCCCGCCCGAGUUUUGUCAAUGUUUUGCUGCCUUGUGGUCGUUUGCAUUCUAUCUGUUUUGCUCGCUGUCCUCUAUCUAGUUGUGCAAGACAUGAGAUCUGGAAGAGAAAUCAAUGACGAAGGAGAUAAGAUUAGCCUUUUAGGGUUCUGGAGUCUCCUUGCCUUGUCCCUCCUAGCGGGUCUGUCCUGCUGCAGCUUCUCAUGGACCGUCACCUACUUUGAUUCUUAUGAACCAGGAAUGUUUCCCCCAACGCCACUUUCGCCGGCACGCUUCAGGAAAAUGACUGGCCAUUCCUUCCACAUAGGCUAUACUAUGGCAAUACUCAAUGGCAUCGUGGCAGCUCUGACCGUUCUCUGGUGUUUGCUAUAAUGGUAUAGCGUUUCGUUCCAAGCAUUGCCAUUUUUUAUAACGGGACCCGGAAUAUUGUAUAACAGCAAGGAUCUAUAUGCGUAAAUAUAGAGAGGAAUAUUUUUAGCCAAGUGAAAACAAGCUCUUUUGUUACAUGGACAAUUGUAAAAAAAAUUUAGUCUGUUUUAUUUUUUCAAGGAGGAAUUUUUAAGAAAUUUUUACUCUUACCUUUUUUUGUGCAUAUCCAUUUUGUAUGGUGAGAAAUACACAUUUUAACACUUCAAAGGUAAUUUUAGCACCUAAGCACAGCCUGGUUGUGGGAUUCCCCAUUGGGCCAUCAUCAGGAACCUGCACUUUCUCUGCUUCCUGCUUUCCCAAGCAGCAGAUCCCUUGGCCGAGCCUGUUUGUAAUAAUAAUAAUGCCACAUAUACAGGUUAUACUACAUCAUCUGUAUUGGUUUUUGGAAGUACCAUUUGUUUUAUAGAAGAAUUUAGGUGAGGGAUCAAUAUUAAGAAAUAUUUUAUAAAUGUUUGUAUAUGAAACGUAAUUUUUUGCAGGCAAAUAUUUUAAAAUAAUUGAGUUUUUAAUUA